UACGUCAACUAAACAUUAGGCAAAUAUUUUCCUGUUAUCCAUGCAAUAUGAGGCUGUUGAUCCGGGUGAAGUCCUUACUGGAGUGAGGCUCUUUCAGUACCUUAUUAAAAGGAAUGAAUCUCAACUUAAGGGCGCGUGGGAUAAGCUACAUGAAUACACUAAACUCCAAGAGACACUCAAUUCAAUUACUAAACAAUGUCGCAGACAAGUAUUAGCACCCGUUGCGGGAGGUUUAGCUUACUUUGAUGCCGAGCUCAUUAGCACUAACAAUAUACUUGUAUUGCUUGGCGAAAAUUGGUUUGCCGAAAGAAGUGUUAUGCAAGCCAUAUCCAUAACAGAACGCCGUCUUGACUUCUUGAGACGUGAAGUUCAAGUAUUGGAGGAAGAGAAGAAGACCCUCCAACAGCGGCAAGACAUGUUUGCUUCAGAGAUUCCCGAGGCCAACACUGCUAUGAAGAAGCUGAUGAAGAAAACGGAGGAGUGUCUUUCAGAGGCGUUAAUGUCGUCUCAUGGGCCCUGCAGUGACAACGUGAUUCCAAAAGGUUCACUCGAGAAUAUAGCAAGGGAAGGGCCUGCUGUUCAAGACCUCAUUGACCGCGCUGUUACUGAAGAUCCACAGCUUGCUGUGUUUGAUGAGCAAGAUGAGCUCACGGAGGAGGAGCUGGUGGAGCUUGAGAAGGAAUUGGGCGACGUGCUUGAUAAUGAUGAGGUUGUUGAGCGAGUACUGGUUGCUCGUAUGAUUGCCAAAAAAGAAAGACGAAUUAAGGCUGAGGUGAGUCGGAAUGCAUCGUCCAAAAAGGUCCCGUCUUUGCGAAUUCAUGAAGCAUCAGAAUGCACACGGCACACAACACGAUCACCGAAGCAUGACCAAAGCGAGUGUCGUGUGUCACCAGAGUUGAGGGUUGAAUCUUCCAAGUGUGUCUUUUCUUCUCCCGCUGAUAUAGGCUUCAAGGGAUGCAGCGCGGGGCCAGGUAUGAACUUGACAGGUACAACGCCCUUAUCGUUAAUAGAGAAGGCAUCAUCACUAUCCGAGCACUCAAUAAUGAGGAAGGGAGAUUCAUUACCAAAAACAUGCAAACGAGUUACCUUUACUAGUGAGUACGCAGAUCAUACGAAUAAUUCUUCUACUUCGUUGAUCUUUUCGGCCUCAAAUUCCAUGCAGAAUAAUAAAUCUAUCGAGAAUGAAGUGAUGCCAAAAGAGCCACGGCCAAAAAAAGACUCUAUUCACGAUGCCAUUGUUCCAGGAAGAGAAUCUUUUUCCAUAAAGGAUAUUGUAGAGCGCAAUAUUGAUUCAGGAUCCAAUUCAAUUCCUGCUUUUGGCUCCCUGUCGAAGGCUGAAGGUUGCAAAACACGCCGAUCCCUGUUCAAGCGUCACCUAGAGGGAGAAAUUGAUGAUGCAGUAUAAACACCUUACCUGAAAUAGCAAAACUGCUGCUACGGAACUUUUUCGUCUUCUAUGCUUCAAUAUGUCCUUUUAAGCGUUUUAAUCUUAUGAUACUGCAUCAGUUUGUUUUUUUCAUUUCCGAGAACUUUUAACAAUAUAGAUUUUCUGAUAAGAGAAUGAUUUGCAAGAAAGCAUGGUUAGUCGGACAUGGGAUCGCAUUAUCAUGUGUGAGUAUUUGUCCUCUCCAUAAUCUACUAUUUUCUUGUAAUAGUUGUAUUCGAGUUCUUUAUUCCCGAUGAGUAUUAUUGUUUAACUUUAAUUAAUGGUAAGAUGUAAUAGUAUUGAAAAUCAGGCAAGACUACCUUCCAGAGUUUAUACACUUUAGACUAUAAUGAUAGAUAUAUGGAUUUCGAUAGCUACAUUUGAAUGCUAGUGGUGCUAUGAAGGCUUCGGUACUUGCCAACGGUUCUUCGCGUGGAAGUCCAGGGGCAAGUCUCAUGGUAAAUGAGCCGAGGGGAGGCGACUAACCCCUAAUUUUGACAUACCAUCACCAUGGUGGUCUAAAUGUUCCAGUGCAUCCCCUGCUGUCUUUGGAACCCACGUCAAUUGAGCACUCUGAUUUUGAUAUCAAAAGGGAAAGGUUUAGACAUAAGGUUUCAUUAAAUAGUAGAUGUUUUUUUUUGAUGUUAUUUUUUCCUAAUAGAAAUUGUAGAUACUGAGACUGAUGUCGCUGCUGUCGCAUUCUCCAGGAAUCAAAGUUCAUGGGUGAAACAUUAGCUGAAGGAAAUGACGAAUUUAACUUUCUGUACCGAGAACUUAAUUAUUUUUAUGCGAAGGAUUUCAAUUCUGAAAUCGCGACCAUCAUUGCUGUUAAUGCGGCCACCGCUGUGUGUUGUAUUGACUCCAGUGAGCUCGAUUGGAAUUCUAUUUGGAGACUUCACACGGAGGGAGAGCUUACUAUUACUUCUCGGAUGUUGAGUUCUGUAAAAUCAAUGAUUCAUGAUUCUAGAUGACACACUUUCUCACUUACGUAGAUUUCAGAUGCCCUAUAUGAAUGAUCGUAAAGUCCCAAGGAUAUCUCUGCGCCACGUGCUUAACGCGUUAUAUACUAUUGUUAUCGAAGUAUAUGUGCAUUUUGCUUAUCCUUUGAGGUUUCUGUAUUAAGUUUCGGAAAAUUUUUACAAGAAGCAACUCUAUACGACAAGGUAGCAUAGUGUGGGGUGGGAUGGGGAAGAGUAAGAUAGAGAGGCCAAGAUGUGCCUAUUGAUACUAGCCUUCCCUGGUGAAACGUUCUGGGACUUGCGUAGUGAGGAUGCCGCACAAAAAAGAGAGUAUGAGAUAUAGGUAUGCUUCUUUACCUUCAAGGUGUACCCAUAAAAAACGCACAAAGAGCAUCUCCUCCAUGAAGAAAUGUUUUGAAUGAGAGCAGGAGGUGAUUCGCGAGCCGAGAGACAGACGCUCCUCAGGAGCGUCAUCUGUGGGAAUUGGACGGUAUAAUCCCACCGAUGAAUUUCUUCAGCUGAAAUGUUGACAAGGUUAGCAGAAGACAAGGUAAUGUGCACAUGAUAUUCCGGGAUAUGCUUCAGACAUGAUCGUUCUUUCCCGCACCUGACUUCUCUGCCUUUAUUCAUUGCGCCUGUCCCGCGUGCUUCAGCAGUGUGUCGCGAACGCCCACUGGUACCACUUAAUGAGGCACAUGGGGAGCUUAAGAUCUUCCUAUGGACGAGGCAAGUGGGCCAGGCAAAGCAACCUUGCGAGGCCCCAGCGUACGGCGCAUGCUUGUCAUCGGGCUCGGUGCCACGCCUUGUUUGUAUGGCACGGAAUUUGCCUCUCUGGGUGACCCAAUUGAAAUCUCUAUAGACGGAUCGAAAAAAAAUUGAACAAAGGAUACCACUGCGGGAGUGUGCGAAGGGAGUUGCUUUUCCAGUUCAGCAUUCUCCAAUCUAUCCAGCGUAGCCACACUGACAUCCCGUUCACAGAACUGAGCGCUUCUGAAAUGAAUCAAACAUUUAAUCGCUUUUAGCGUCCUUUUG